AGCUCUCUGAGCGCUCAGGAGCCCUUCUCUCUGCAGGCAGAGUAGAGCUGCGUCCUUAGACUGGGACUUGUAGGGGAAGGAGGGUAGAGGGAAGCAAUAGUUCCGGGGGAACGCGUUUCCCAGCCGGGAGCGACGCGCGGUCUGUGGGUGAUGCAAUGGCAGUGACAGCGGAGCCGUGGGGAGAGCGGAGCUGAGCUGAGUUCUCCUUGUUGCUGCUGGUUUGAAUCUACAAACUGAAGACUUGGAAGACAUUAAAUUUAACUGAAUUGUAAAUAAAUAAAACUUCUGCAGUCUGGCAAAAUGGCUGAUAGUCUGAACUGUCACUUGGAAUCUCUGAGUCCGCUUGAGCUGUUUGAAAGAGUGACUGAACAAGGGGAGAAAGUCAGAGCACUUAAAGCAGGAAAAGCACCAAAGGAUGAAAUUGAUGCAGCAGUGAGGAUGCUGUUAUCGUUAAAACUGUCAUAUAAGACAACAACAGGGCAAGAUUAUCAGGCAGGCUUGCCACCAAAAGACCUUGUAUUAAUGAACAAUGGUACAUCUAAAGAAGAGGAAGAGGAUUUUGUGGACCCCUGGAAUGUGCAGACAUCAAAUGCUAAAGGCGUGGAUUAUGACAAACUCAUAGUUCGGUUUGGCAGCAGUAAAAUUGACACAGAUCUGAUCAACCGAAUAGAAAGAGCUACUGGGCAAAAACCUCACCGCUUUCUACGUAGAGGAAUCUUUUUUUCUCACAGAGAUAUGGACCAAAUCCUUGAUGCUUAUGAAAAUAAGAAGUCCUUUUACCUUUACACGGGCAGAGGGCCAUCCUCUCAAGCAAUGCAUAUUGGUCAUCUUAUCCAAUUUAUAUUUGCAAAGUGGCUGCAAGAAGUAUUUGAUGUGCCCUUAAUUAUACAGUUAACUGAUGAUGAGAAAUACCUUUGGAAGGACUUAACAACUGAGAAGGCAUAUGAAUAUGCUAAAGAAAAUGCAAAAGACCUCAUUGCAUGUGGUUUUGACAUCAAUAAAACCUUUAUAUUUUCUGAUUUAGACUAUUUGGGGACAAGUACUGGAUUCUACAAAAACAUUGUCAAAGUUCAGAAGCACGUUACAUUUAAUCAAGUGAAAGGAAUCUUUGGCUUUACAGACAGUGACUGCAUUGGAAAGAUCAGCUUUCCUGCUAUUCAAGCUGCUCCAUCCUUCAGUUCAUCCUUUCCACAGAUCUUCAAUGGCAAGGAAAACAUUCAGUGUCUUAUCCCAUGUGGAAUCGAUCAGGAUCCUUAUUUUAGAAUGACCCGAGAUGUAGCACCUAGGAUUGGACUGCCUAAACCAGCCUUACUGCACUCAGUCUUCUUCCCAGCCUUGCAAGGAGCACAGACAAAAAUGAGUGCAAGUGACCCAAACUCCUCCAUCUUCCUCACAGAUACACCCAAACAAAUCAAGACAAAGAUUAACAAGCAUGCCUUCUCAGGAGGCAGAGAUACUAUUGAAGAGCACAGGAAAUAUGGAGGGAACUGUGAUGUUGAUGUUUCUUUUAUGUACCUGACUUUCUUCCUUGAAGAUGAUGACAGGCUUGAACAACUGAAACAGGCAUACACAAGUGGGGAAUUGCUCACAGGGGAGCUGAAGAAGGUUCUUAUAGAGACAUUGCAGCCCUUUGUAGCAGCUCAUCAAGAGAGACGGAAACAAAUUACAGAUGAAAUGGUGAAGCAGUUCAUGACUCCCCGGAAGUUGGCUUUUGACUUCUGAAGAAAUGCAUAUGUAACUUCCCACUACUUGGUAAACCAAAAUCUAGUAGCUCUUGUCUUCUGUUGUCAUCACUCCCCAGUAACGUACAGCCUACAUCUGUGCUAAAUAAAUACUGCUUUCAAUAAGUCAAUUACAAUUAGGUUAGAGUACAGGAAAAAUUUAAAGACUCGCAUCUGUUCAAAAUCAGUAUGUACAUGACAGAAUUACCCAAUCUUGCAGAAAAGCAUGUCUAUCAGCACAACACUGUAUUUUAUUGUAUUUCAUGUUGAAAGCAUAAAUAAAACUUUUGUUUUGAUGAUAAAGCCUAACUUGUAAACUGUUUUAGAUAUUUUGGUAGGAGGUCAUAUCUCAAACUAAUAACUAGUAGUGCCAUUCUCCUUUGUCCUGUGUACUUGAUUUACUAGGCUGCAUGUCCUUUCAGGCUACUGGGAACAUGCUGUACACAAAAAGAUAGCUAAUGUUACAAAGUAGAUUACAGAGUGGUUUAGGCCUGGGAUCAGUAAGGGAGGAAUAGAGAUCUGUGAGCUGAACACGGGAGAAAGAAUAUCAGCCUGGGUUUGCUAUCAUCUUCCUCUUUGACCUGAGGUGAGUUGCAGAACUCUCACUGUAUUUUUGUUUCCACAGCUACUUAACUGGUCUGACUGCCUCUGGAGGGAGGAGAUUAUCACAGGGUUAUAAAAUUCCUUCACAUUCUCAGGUGGAAGAUAUCUAUAUAUAUAUAGAUAUGCAAAUUUAAUUUCUAGUUAUAAAAAAUAGCAAGUACUUUGAAAAUUAAGUUGCUGCUGGACACAGGGACUUCUAGUACUGUCUGUGCUGUUUUACUACACCAAGUCACUUAAACUAGGGGUAAUUAUUUUAAGAUGUAUUCAUUGAGAAAGUAUACUUUGUUAAAAUACCUCUUGUAAUAUUUAAUUAUAUCCUUUCAUAAAAAGAAGUGUCUUUGCUAUGAUUCAUGGAAGAAAAAUUCUAAUUAUUAGCUAAUUUGUUUUAAUAUAUAUAUAGUGCUGAAUGGAAACUGUCUUGUAUUUAUGUAGAAUGGAAAGUUUCUAGCCCAGACAUAGUCUUAUCUACAUCGAAUAAAAAUACCAUUGAUAACGUAGGUGGGUAUUGGUGUGUGGUAUUUGCAAAUCAUUUACAAAUGUAAGGAAGGCAUUUGAAUUAGAUGUGAAAGAUUAAAAUUUUAACAGGUUCUGUACUCUGUGAGACCGAGUGGAUAUAUAUCAAGUGUAGCAUUGUUUGAAUGUUUUAAUUUUUAAUGUAAACCUUAGAAGUCAGCUGAUUACACUUGGGGUGAGGGAGACGUUUCAAGGUUGAGACUUCUCACUGACUUCAGCAGCCCCUGGUUCAGCCUGUUGGUCCCUAAGAAGAUGCAGAUGCUGUGCUCCUGGUGUUGCCUGGAGCUGGUGCCCUCCUAUCAGCAGCAGCUCUGCAAGGCAGCACACAAGGUCCUCUCCAGCAGUGCCCUUGGGUUGCUGAAGAGGAAAUGUCUGUGUAAGAAAGCUCCCUUGAUAGUUUGAGCUUGUGCGAGGAAUCAAGGACAGACUGAAGUGCAAGGCAAGUUUAGUCCUAUUGCAUAUGUUGCAAACCUGUGCUGAAAAUAACAGUGUUUCACUUUUGCCUUUUUAUUUACAGUUUGUGUGAGCUGGCAUCACUCCAAUAUAACUAUUGAAUUCAAUGCAUUAAAGUAAAUGUUUAUCAGUGACUGUCUCUCUAUAACCCACAGACGUGGGGUGCUUGCAAGUGUAAACGAGAGUUUAAUAAUAAGUAGAAAAGUUGGGGUUUUUUUAAGCUGCAAAGUAAUUCUUAGAAAAGAAAAAUAGCUACUUAAAUUGAGUAAUAAACUGAUUCUUGGUUCCUGUAGGCUUUAAUGGUGAUCUUCCUGUUCUUACAGUCCACAUAUUGUCAUCUUUAGUCUAUACAGAAGAUACGACUUAAAUUAACUUUGUAAGGGAUUUUACAAACUCUCAUAAUGCAAAGUUAUUCUUUAGCAUAUUAUAUGCAGAUCUGUUCUGCAGGAUUUAUUUAAUUUAUUCUGGAAAGGAAAAUAACUGUAGGAAUAGUAGUGUGUUCUAUUCUAACUAAGCAUGUGGAUUGAUUUUAUAAGAUAGCAAUUAAAAUCGGUUUGAAAAGAAAGGAAAGUGAUAGCAAAACUAUUUAGGUUUUGUUUUCUGAGUUCUUGUUUACCUUGCUCUAGUACUCAGUCACAUUCUUGCAGACAUGCUUCUGAAAUUAUACUUGUCAGAGGAGUCUUGAUAAAUUUCUAAAUCCAUUGUAAUUAUAAUUCAUGUCCCAGAAGUAUUUAAGAGCCAAGACAAGGCAGUCUUUAAAAACAUGAUGAAAAUGCCUCAAAAUGUUAUCAGAUGUUCUUACAUCUUACUCAGUUUGUUUACAUAUUGUUCAUCUCUAAUAAAAAUGUAGAUAAAAGUCU